AUGGGCAUCGUGCAAAGCAGCCGCAGCGGCGAGAGCGAUGGCGGUGUACGCGAGGUAUUCGUCGGCGGUGUCAAGGCCGGCGUGCCUCAUCACUCGUGUCAACCCAGCCUGGGCAUGGGCAGCCUGGGUGGACCGCACGCACGCAGCGGCAGCGUACGCAGCGCACCGAGACAACCGAUGCCGGACACCGUCGAGCUCGAGAGACGCUUCACCAAAGUGCUGGCCUCCAUGGAUCUGCCACCGGACAAGGCGAAGCUUUUGAAGCAGUACGACAACGAGAAGAAAUGGGACAUCAUCUGCGAUCAAGAACGAGUGCAAGCGAAGGAUCCGCCUGCCCAUUACUUAGCGAAAUUGCGUACCUACCUGGAUCCCAAAGCAUCACGAAGCCAUCGAUCGUAUCGUUUCCUUACAUUCUUCCAGAAAAGAAAAAUGGUUGGGGAAUCCACGUCUACCCAAGUACUGCGAGACUUAGAAAUAUCCCUACGUACAAAUCACAUUGAAUGGGUGAGAGAGUUCUUGGACGAAGAAAAUCAAGGCUUGGAUGCUUUGAUAGACUAUCUCAGCUUCAGGCUAUUGAUGAUGCGGCAUGAGCAACGGCUCUUGGAAUCUCAUACGAGUUCCGAGGAAAAAUUACAAACCGGUAGCACAGGUGGUGGUGAUACCUCGACGUUGAAUAACGGAUGCCUGAGGCCGCCACUUCACGAACUCAAAGACAGCCCCGGUGUCAAGAGAAGAUCCAGACACGUGGCGCGCCUAAAUAUGGGCGAAGCUAAGGAUGAUAUUCAUGUUUGCAUACUCUGCAUGCGUGCCAUCAUGAAUAAUAAGUACGGAUUUAACAUGGUUAUCCAACACAGAGAAGCUAUCAACUGCAUCGCAUUGAGCUUAAUCCAUAAAAGUCUAAGAACGAAAGCUCUCGUGCUGGAGUUGCUCGCCGCGAUCUGUCUGGUGAAGGGUGGCCAUGAGAUCAUUCUGUCGGCGUUCGACAACUUUAAAGAAGUCUGCUGCGAGAGGAGAAGAUUCACGACGCUCAUGGCGUAUUUCACUCAAUAUGACAGCUUCCACAUAGAAUUCAUGGUCGCUUGUAUGCAAUUCGUCAAUAUCGUCGUACAUUCCGUCGAGGAUAUGAACUUCAGGGUGCAUCUGCAAUACGAAUUCACGAAGCUCGGGUUAGACGAAUAUCUCGAGAAACUUAGGCAUACGGAGAGCGAAGAUUUACAGGUUCAGAUCUCUGCUUACCUAGAUAACGUGUUUGACGUAGCUGCCUUGAUGGAGGACAGCGAAACUAAGACUGCAGCGUUAGAAAAAGUAGCGGAAUUAGAGGACGAACUUGGCCAUGCGCACGACCGAAUGGCAGAGUUGGAUAGGGAGUCGUUGGCGAAACUGGCGGAAUUGGAAACAGAAUUGGGCGCGUUGAAAGUAGAAUACGCCGACGCCUUGGAAGCGCGUAGGCUAGUGGAGGAGGAACUCACGGCUCUAAAACGACAGAGGCAGGAUUCCGCCCGGAGGCAAAGUGUUUUGGAGAACAAGAUCAUCGAAUUGGAGACUCUCACGGGUACCCUCACGAAAGGCUCUUCAGUCGCUAGUCUACGGAACGGAACCGCGACGAGUCCUCUGAACAAUUCGGACAGCGUGACGUCUCCACCGUUCAUGUCAACGCCGUCGCCAGAUCAUGCACCUCCACCGGCCCCGGCGCCGCCGCCACCUCCUCCACCGCCGUGUCCACCGCCGCCUCCUAUGGCACCCCUCUCACCCGGAGAUCACAAGUUACCGCCGCCUGUCCCAAUACCUCCGCCACCCGCUGGCAUGAUGCAAGCACCCGAUGGAGCGAUGACUAUUAAACGAAAAGUCCAAACAAAGUACAAACUUCCUACGCUUAAUUGGAUCGCUCUGAAACCAAAUCAAGUGCGGGGUACUAUCUUCAAUGAAUUAGACGACGAUCGUCUACAUAACUACAUCGACUUCUCCGACUUCGAAGAGCGAUUUAAGAUUGGUAUGAGCGGACACGUGGCGAACGGUAACAACGAGAUCGACGGGCUCCAGAGCUUUCCCAGUAAACGAUUUAAAAAACCGGAGAACGUAUCGCUUUUGGAGCACACGAGACUACGAAAUAUCGCUAUAUCGCGCCGAAAGAUGGAAAUGCCAGUCGAGAAAGUGAUAAUGGCGGUGAAUGCCCUCGACUUGAAGGUCCUUUCGCUCGAAAAUGUGGAAUUGUUACAACGUAUGGUACCUACGGACCAAGAGAUAAAGGCUUACCGCGAGUACAUCAUAGAGAAGAAGAACGUCAACUUGUUGACAGAGGAAGAUAAGUUUUUGAUGCAACUCGGUAAGGUAGAAAGGAUAUCUACCAAAUUGUCAAUUAUGAAUUACAUUGGGAACUUUUUCGACAAUUUACACCUCAUUACGCCACAAAUACAUGCUGUGAUAUCUGCGUCCAGUUCGGUUAAGAGUUCAAAGAAGUUAAGAGCAGUAUUAGAAAUCAUUCUUGCCUUCGGAAACUAUCUGAACAGUAGCAAACGAGGCCCCGCGUACGGCUUCAAAUUACAAAGCUUAGAUACAUUAUUGGAUACGAAAUCGACAGAUAAAAGGAUGUGCCUUUUGCAUUAUAUCGUCGCCACCAUACGCGUCAAAUUUCCGGAACUUAUUAAUUUCGAAUCGGAAUUGAUGUACAUCGACAAAGCAGCAACAGUGUCACUGGAGAAUAUAACAACCGAUGUUCACGAGCUCGAGAAAGGAAUGGACCUCGUGCGAAAAGAAUUCGAGUUGCGCGGCAAGGAGAAGCACAACACGGUAUUGCGCGACUUCCUAAACAACUCCGAAGAAAAGUUGCGCCGUUUGAAGCUUGAUGCACGCACUGCCGGCGAAGCGUUCCGAGAAUGUGUCGAAUUCUUCGGGGAAAGCCCGAGGCAGGCUGAUGCUAACACUUUCUUCUCUCUCCUUGUUAGAUUCGCGAGAGCAUUCAAGGCUGCGGAUCAAGAAAAUGAACAGCGUCGUAGAUUAGAGGCUGCUGCUGCGGAAGCUUUGAACGCGUCGGAGGAAGUUAUAAAACGUAAUAAAUUAAAUCAGAAGAAGCAACAGGAUGCUGUCAUAAAUGAACUGAAAAACAAGACACGGUUAGUGCAAGAGAAGAAGCUGUUGCAGCAGGACGAGGUGUAUAAUGGCGCCCUGGAGGAUAUUCUUCUCGGUCUCAGGUCCGAACCGUAUCGCAGAGCGGAUGCUGUGAGGCGUAGCCAACGAAGGCGCAUCGAUAAUCAUAGACUCUCACGCACUGCCGAAGAGCUUGAAUUAUAAUUUGCAUCUCCACACGUCUACAAAGUGCUUCAAUUCUAGAGAAGAAAUGCCUUGUAACGAUGGACCGCGCAACAAUCGACGUUUCAUUGUAACUCAGUUUAACGCAGACGCGAACCGUGUCGGCGAAAUAAUACCAAUAAACAAUCGGGUACUUUCGAGAGUAUUCUAAGAGACACACAGCACACAGUUAAAUAUGCUACUUAUACACUGCGUCACUUUUCCAAUUUUUAGAAGCUUUUCUACGUCCGAUAAUGCUUUGUCACGAGAAUACAAAUUUAAGAAGAAUCGAACGACAAUAUAUUCAGUACGUCCAAUUGAACUGGAUUUUUCGCGCAGGAGUCAUUUAGUGGUGCUGAAAGUUCAAUUGUCAUGAACUUCGAAUUUACACGAGCUUUACAAUGUAAAAUUUUUGAAUGUGUUAAUAACUCACGGAGCGACAAUAGCGCAUAGAGUUACGCUCUUUAUUUAUGACAUACUAAUGACCUUUCCACUUAUAAUGUUUAACGAGAAUCUCAUAGUUAAAAUCAUAUAAUUCCUUUUUCGAUCUAGCAUAAUAAUGUAUUCUUAAUUAAUGCAUUUCUUUGCAUUUCUUUCGAUACUGUUCUUUGACAUUUUUAUUCUAAAUUUGCGUGUAUAUCGAUUUAAGCGACAUAUCACUUUGUUCUGUUCUCAUUUUCUGUUCGACACAUAAGAUAUACAAACAUGAAAUUAUUUAAACUUAGUUGUUGUUGAUUGUUAUACGUAUAUUAAAGAUAUUUAUAAUUUUCAUAUCAAAUGAAUACGUUAAUUUUGAUUAAAUUGUUUAUAUCUCUUAUCCUAGAUGAAUGCUAUACAAAGUGAACGAAACGAACGUGUAACCCGUUAGUGUAAGUUUGUCUAUGGAAUCGAUCUAGGGGCAGUCGCAGGUUUUUAAGAAAUUUACAACACAGUAUCUGUGACAUUCCAACGACGUGUAACGAAAGCCAAGAAAUUCGUUACAUGGGAGUUAUAUUACAGGUUGUAUCCAGCUUGAGAAAGGAACGUCAGCGUUGCAUACGAGUCGUAAAUAAAUGUCUACAAUCUUUCGUAUCACGAUGGUUGCAACGAUGUAUUUUCUUGCAACACGGAAAUAAUUAAGGUCGUACGUAUAUUACAGAAGUGAUAAUUGACUACGUAUAGAUAUUCCAUGUAACUUUACGGUUGAAUGUCCGUACGAAGCGUGCAGCCCAUUACGCUGCGCGAACGAAAGUGAGAUUUACAGUUGCCUCAAAUAUUUGAGACGUUUUUUCGGAAAUGACAUUUUUGCGAAAUACUUACUACAUUCCUCAAACACCUCACACUUUGUCAAGAAUACUUAUAACGCAUUAACACGUAACAAUAGCAUUUUAUACUAUAAUAAUCGACAUGUAUUAAGCUAUGAAACUUACAGAAAAGGACAUACAGGAAUACAUACGAAUCAAAAGUUCGAAUGCCGAUUCUGAUAAAAAUUAUUCUUAUUACAUAAAUUUACAGCAAAAGACUGCAGUUCUACGAGCCUUUCUCUGAUUGACGACAUAUCUCAAGCUUUUCGAAGAAUGGAAUUAUAUUUUUACUUUUGUACGUUUUUGAUACUAAAUACUACUAGGAGAAAGAGAGAAAAGGAAAUGUAAAUAUUCGCUGUAAUAUAUAAUAUACUUAAGUAAUUAUAAAAUGUAAUUACCAUCGAUUGUAGAUGAAUUGCCAAUGUGAUGUUUAGAUAAAAUAUUUUUUGUGUUGUAAGUAUUACUUAGCAAUAUCGUCCAUUAGCGAUUUGUGACGGAAAAAAGCUACUGUCUCGCAAAACCUUUAGGAUUGAAGCAUCAACGUGUCUUGUGUAUUUUUUUUGCAAAAAUGUAAAUAAUGUGCAUUUCGUUAUAUAAGUUAUAAAAAUUAGCAAUAUGCUUUAAUUUGUAUAAAACCGGAUAUAUAAAUGAAUAAAUAUAAUAGUACAUCUCUCACUA